AUGUCUAGACCCUACUCCGACAUCAUGCGGGAUUCAAGGAUGAAGACGGGCAAAAGCACGUUUGAGACGCUGACCGGCAAUGGCGCAAAUCAAGAUGUUGAGCAGCAACAGUCUUCUGAAACCGCAAAUACACAAAACCCUUCAGUUUUCAAGUCUCUCGGCAUGCUAGAUCGAUAUUUGGCCGUUUGGAUUUUUUUCGCCAUGUUGAUAGGCAUUCUCCUGGGAAACUUUGUCCCCAACGCCGGGCCAGCGCUUCAGCAGGGCAAGUUUGCUGGAGUGUCCGUGCCGAUAGCUGUCGGUCUACUGGUGAUGAUGUAUCCCAUCUUGUGCAAGGUUCAAUAUGAGAAGCUUCACGCAAUUUUCCGCACACGAGAGAUUUGGAUCCAGCUCGGCUUCAGCAUCAUCCUCAACUGGAUAGUUGCACCCUUAUUCAUGCUUGCAUUAUCAUGGGCAUUCCUACCAGACAAGCAGGGCCUAAGAAACGGUUUGAUUCUUGUUGGGGUCGCGAGGUGUAUCGCCAUGGUGCUGAUCUGGACCAGCCUAGCUAGAGGAGAUGGAAACUAUUGCGCGAUUCUCGUUGCAGUCAACUCGUUUCUGCAAAUCGUCCUUUUCGCCCCUGUCGCCCUGCUUUUCAUCCGAGUCAUCGGCCAAGACCAUAGCAUCUCAUCCAUCUCGUACUCGACAGUUGCCUCAGCAGUCGGAAUCUUUCUCGGCAUCCCCGUUGGCGCGGCCAUCCUCACGCGGCUGUCACUGACUUACACCAUCGGUGCCUGCGCGUACAACAAUAAGAUCAUACCGUUCCUGGCACCCUGGUCGCUCAUCGGUCUCUUGUACACCAUCAUUGUUCUCUUCGCCUCUCAGGGUUCCCAGGUGGUCCACCAAAUCGUCUCCGUGGUGCGGGUGGCGGCGCCGCUUGUGGUUUACUUCUCUGUCAUCUUCUCGGCGACCUUGCUUGUCGCCCGCAAAUUGGGAUUCCGGUACGGUCUCGCAUGUACACAAGCCUUCACGGCGGCCAGCAACAACUUCGAGCUGGCUAUCGCGAUAGCGGUCGCGGCGUACGGGCCUGAAUCGGAUGAGGCGCUUGCUACGACCGUCGGACCGCUCAUCGAGGUGCCGGUGCUCCUUGGAUUGGUCUAUUUCGUCAAAUGGCUGGCUAAGCGAUACAACUGGCAGGAUUAA